AGGAAUUUACCAAUUAUAUGUUUAUAAAUUUAUUUUUUUUUUUGUAUGCUUAGAUUAUUAAAUUUUAAACUGAAGAUACCAAAAAGGCACGUUGGGUUAAGAAUGAUAUUGUUCUUUUGUAAACAUACUUAAUUAUUAAAAAUUGACUGCAGUUCCUAAACUCAUGAAUGAAAAUAAUGAUAUUCAUUUGAGUAAAACCUUGUGUUGGAUACUUCGUCAUGAAGCUAAGAAAUUAGGACUGCCAAUACAAGUGAAUGGUUACCUACCAGUGUCCUUAAUCCUGAAACAUCCCUCUUUAAGGAAUUAUUCUACAACAGAUGUGGAAAGGGUGGUUGUUUCAAACGAUAAACAGAGAUUUAGUUUAAGAAACAAUAAUGGUGUACUAGAAAUUUGUGCAAACCAAGGACAUUCUAUAUCAGUAGUGGAUAAUUCUAACUUAAUACCUUUAAGUGGUGAUGAAAAUAUUGACGUAAUCCAUGGAACAUUUUAUAAAAAUUGGGAAAGUAUCAAAAUUGAAGGCCUAAGCAGGGAUUUUUUAGAAGACAGGCGUUACGAAUAUUAUCUUCAACAUACAGUAAAUCCUAUUUUUUUUUUCAAUAUGCAGAAAACCCAGAAAACAAUGUCAAAUGCCAUCGACAAUUUGAUACCAGAAGUGAGUAACACUAAACCAUUUUGUUGUCUGGUAUGUAAAAUAACUCUUCAUACAAGAGCAGCUCUUCAACAACACUUACUCAGCUUCGAACAUAAUCAAGUGUUGAAGUCUAAUAAGAUGAAACCAUACGUAAUUGGUCAGCUUAGCGGGGUAUUUGUAACAGGGAUUUCCAGUUCAUGCAGAACCGAUCAUUUACUCUCAUACUUUUCAAGGUUUGGAAAUAUAGUUUGGAUUUGUCGUAAAAAUUAUUUGUUGGUGGAAUAUGCGGAACAAACAUCUGUAGAGAAAAUAUUAAGGUUAACUCAGCAUUUUGUUAGUGGUGAAAAAUUGUUUGUUAAGAAAAGGGAAUCGACACCUCAAGAUGCAGCACCUAUAGCACAACAAUCUAUGCAGUCCAUAACUUUUAUGGAGCGCUUGAAAACGACAGUCGAUAUAUCGGAGCAAGUUGCAGAACUAAUUGCUCACGUACGAGGUUCUGAAUCUUAUACCUUUACACCUCAACACGGUGUGAUAUGUAAAGAUAUUUACGAAGCAAUACAAUAUAGUUAUCCACGUUGUCGAAUUCACCCUUUCGGAUCUUCCAUUACAGGACUUCAUUUUGGACCAGUGAUGUAGAUGUUUACAUAUCUGGAAUACGACGUGGUAAUGCAGAUGAAAAGAAGUUAUUGUUUAUUUUAAAGAGCAUUUUAACUCGUUCUGAUAGAUUUACCAAUCUAUUUGUCAUAGGACAUGCCAAAAUACCUAUAUUAAAAUGUUUACAUGUACCGACGAAUACUUCUUGUGAUAUUAAUGUUAGGAAUAUGCUAGGAAGUGUGUAAUAGUCAAUUGAUAAAAUACUAUCAAGAUAUCGACUAUAAAAUCCAAGAGAUGAUGAUAAUCAUUAAGUAUUGGGCUAAAAUCCACAAACUUACUGGCGCAAACGUUUUGUUUACAAAUUAUUCAUUGUGUAUGAUGAUAAUUUUUUUCUUACAAGGGAAACCAUAUCUACUUCCGUCCGUGGAAAAUUUACAGAAGGAACCUGGUGCUGCUAAUAUACAAGAUGGUUGGAAUGGUGGUUUUACAAAGGUAGCAGUUAUUUCAACUCAUCUGCAUAAUUCAUCAUUAAUUGAUUUGUUUGCUGAUUUUUUCUCAUUUUAUGCCGAUUUCGACUACGGAACAUACGUUAUAUGCCCAUAUCUUGGACGACCUUUUAAGAAAAUAGACUUUAUGGAGCCAGAUAGUCUGCCAGAUGCAUUCAAAAUAUAUAAAAAUGUCGUAAAAAAUAAAGACAUUAUGCCAUUAAAACUAGAAUCCGGCAUUUGUAUCCAGGAUCCUUUUGAACAGACGAGAAAUAUAACUGCAGUUGUAUCUCUAAAGCUCUUACAGAAUUUUGUCAAUCUGUGUAGAUACGGAAAGCAAAUAGUUGAGCAUGAGAAACAAUUCUUGUUUAAACUGUUUUAUUCAGACCCGCCUAACUUUUGAAAGGCAAGCAGUGGUACAAAAUGACGUUAUUAAAUUUAGUAUUCAAAUGUCCCCCCAUUUUAAUUACCUGAGUAAACAAGUUGACAAAGAUGUCGCGAUAAAACUGCUGCUAUAAAGGAGCUUUGGUUUAAUUCUGUUAAAGACUUCGUGAUAACAGUACUUACAAUUUUUUUACGAUUCUCUGUAGAAGAAAUAAAUCAAUCAGGUGGUAAAGUACGAAAACUAAAUCAUCCCAGCGACGCAUCUAACGACGUACAACUAGCUCAUUUGAGAUGUUCUGCCAAGUUAGCUUAUUGGCAAAAUCGAAAAAAUUCCCCCAUAAAAAACGAAGCCAAAUCACUUAUAGAUCGAGAAAAAGCAAUUACUGCAGAAAUGGACUCACUCUUUAAAGACAUUACACCUUUAGUGAACAUACUCGAAUUUGAUCUUUUCCUGGAGAAGCGAAUAGAUCCGGCACAAGUGUUAUUCAACUUUGUGAAAAUACAUUCAUACAAAAAAACUUUUAGGGCGUUUGGGCAGUUUAUAAGUGUUCGGUUCGACAGUUUGUUUGAAACAUAUGUAAGGGAAUUGAAUAGUUUCAGUUAAUAGGUUUUUAAAGUAUAUAGGUAUAUUAAAACUAAAAUAACUGUUGU